GCCCCUACGCCGCUCGUCGGACCAGGUGUCCGGUGUGUGAUGCAGAAAUCUGGCACCGUAUCUGCGCGAGCCUUAUCGGUGAAUCCAGCACGACAACAUGGCCUAACGCGAUAUGCCUCCUCCGCCGGCUGUCACUCGGACCCCUGAAAUGCUGUUUUCUUCCGCCUCGACCCCCUCGUCUUGUCGGAGAAAUGAAGCGGGAACACCGUUAAAAUGAAGACUGACACGGGGAGGAUAAUUUGAGCUGUGCGUGCGUGCGUGCGCGCGUGCGUGUUUCUAGCUCCAGUGGGGAGGGAAAGAAAAAAAAAACGGUUGAGCUAGCCAGCGAGCUAAGUCACAAUCCCAACCGGCGGUUCGGAAUCGCGCGACCAUGGCCGGGCUCAUCAAGAAGCAGAUCCUGAAGCAUCUCUCCAGGUUUGCUAAGAACCUGUCGCCAGAUAAGAUCAACCUGAGCACGCUGAAGGGGGAAGGUCAGCUGACCAACCUGGAGCUGGAUGAGGAGGUUCUCCAGAGCCUGCUGGACCUGCCCACCUGGCUGGCCAUCAACCGAGUGGAGUGCAACAAGGCGGCCAUCAGGAUACCAUGGACCAAGUUGAAGACUCACCCCAUCACCUUGACUCUGGACAAAGUGGUGAUGGAGAUGAGUACCUGUGAUGAGCCCCGUCCCCCAAACGGCCCGUCUCCCAUAGCAACCGCAUCAGGACAAAGUGAAUACGGCUUUGCUGAGAAGGUGGUAGAGGGGAUGUCACUGUCCAUCAACUCCAUCGUCAUCCGGAUCAGUGCCAAGGCCUUUAACGCCUCCUUUGAGCUCUCCCAGCUGCAGGUGUACAGCGUCAACACCAGCUGGAGCAUUGGUGACCUGCGAUUCACCCGCAUCCAGGACCCUCAGAGGGGCGAGAUCCUGACGUUUAAGGAGAUCAGUUGGCAGAUGAUCCGCAUCGAGGCCGACGCCAUCCAGAGCGCCGAGCAUGAGAUGCUGAGCGCCCCCAUUCGCCUCAUCACCAACCAGUCCAAGAUCCGAGUCACUCUCAAGAGACGGAUUAAGGACUGUAACGUGGUGGCCUCGAAGCUGAUUCUCAUCCUGGACGACCUGCUGUGGGUGCUAACCGACUCCCAGCUCAAAGCCAUGGUGCAGUACGCCAAGUCACUCAGCGAGGCCAUGGAGAAGUCCACGCAGCAGAGGAAGAGCAUGGCCACAGAAGACCAGGUGUCGUCGGCGCCACCCUCGGCCCAGCAGGUACGCACCCAGCAGGCGUCCACAGCAGCGGAGCAGAGUGCGUCCAUGGCCAAGCUGUUCAGCGCCUACGACGUAUGCGAGACCUCCCACCACCUCCAGAUCACACACCUGGACCUGCACAUCUGCGACGACAUCCACGUUAAGGACAAAGUGAGCAAUAAGAGGAUUACAGGUGGAGCCAUGCAGCUCUCCUUCAGCUCCAUCACUCUGGACUACUACCCUUUCCACAGAGCAGGCGACAGCUGUGUCCACUGGAUGCACUACAGCGAGGCCACCAAGACCAGAGAGGGCUGGGCGAGAAAUCUGCUCGACGAGUUCAACUCCAACGUGGAGAUGUUGAAGAGCGCCGUUCGGGACCAUCAGGGCCCGGAUCCCGCGCACGGCUCCCCGCAGCACGGAAGUCAGGAGAGAGCAGGAAGAGGAGUAGGGCUUAGGGAGGCAGCGGGAGAACUCCUAGAGCGCAGCGCAAACACACAGCCUCCGGCCCAGUGCUGCUGGUGCCUUGAGCCAGGUAAGAUAAGCACCUCCUCCAGCGCCUCCUUCAGUCCUCCUCUUCCUCAAAGCCCCAAGACCCAGCUUAUGUCCAGCUCUGUUGUUCUCAGGAUUGCUGACUUCAGCAUCUAUCAGGUGUCGACCGCGGACCAGCGGCGCUCCAGCCCCAAGACCAUGAUCUCCUGCAAUAAGAAGUCCUUGUACCUUCCCUCAGAGAUGCCGGCCAUUCACGUAGAGUUCACUGAGUACUAUUUCCCCGAUGGAAAAGACUACCCAAUCCCGUGUCCUAACCUGUACGUCCAGCUGAACGCCCUGCAGCUGGUUCUGGAUCCUCGCAGCCUGGUGUGGAUCAACCUGUUCGCCCUGGACCUCAGGCAGAGCCUGGAGCAGUUCAUGGAGAUCUACAAGCUCAGCGACUCGCAGAAACCCGAAGAGCACGUCGACAUCAAGGUCGACGGCCUCAUGCUCAAGGUGGUGAUUCCCAUCGACCGGGACGCCUCCUGUCCCGCCGAUCUGCCCCGCUCCAUCUCAGUGCAGACCUCCGAAAUGGUGGCCACGAACACCCGGCACCCGGCCAACUGCACCCGCUCGCACCUUGAGGCCCUUCUGCAGGCCUUCGAGGAGGAGCCCUUCUUCUCUCCCGGUUUUUCCUCAUUCCCUCGCUCCUCCUCCUCGGUACCGCUCCUCCACCCCGUCUUCCGGCGCCACGCUCAUGAGCAAGACACCAAGCUCCACGACAUCUACCGCGGCCUGGUGGUGCCCACGUUGGGCACGGACGCCCUCAAGAUGCCGGCCGCUACCGACUUCUGGGCGUUGCACUUUGCCCAGUUCUGGGUGGACUACGAAGGCACCCGCGGAGGCAAAGGGCGGCCGCAGCCCUUCGUGGAGUCCUUCCCUCUGACUGUGUGGGCCACGCAGCCCGUGAAGAUCGUCCAGCACCAGGAGAAGCUCAGGUGCGGCGCUGGAUCAGGUGUGUCCAGGAGCACGUCUGGGGAGGCCGUGGCGCGGCUGCAGAGGAAGCGGUUGUUGAAGGACUACUACAGCACUGAUGCGCACAAUGCAGCGCCGCCUGCCAGCAACGGACUCCAUAAACCCGUCUCGUUGGAAAGUCUGCCCUCGUCCUCUUCGUUGUCAUCAUCAAGUAAAGAUGCAAAUGUGCACAUAUUGGUGCACGUGCAGAAGCAUUUAAGUGCUCAGGUGAGCCACCGGCAGUAUGUGUUUCUGAUGCAGCUCCAGCGCAGCAUCAAAGCUCUGCAGCAGACGCUGCAGCAGGACCUGGAGAAGAUGAGCUCCAAGAAAGACCGCAAGGAUCCCUCUCAGGAUCCGGGGGAUCCCUUCACCGUCUGUCUGGGCCUGCUGCUGAAAAGUGCAGAGGUGUCCCUGCUCCUGAAGCCCGUCCCCCUCCCCGAGGGCUCGGGGUCCCCCAUGGGCUCCGAGCUCUCGCCGUCAGAGAGCCGAGGAACCCUGGACGCGGGAGAGGUCGCGGAGAAGGGGAGUGAAGGCUCCGGCCCCGAGGGAGGAGCAGCCAAGGGGGCGAGCACCGUCGACCAGCUGCUGUGUGCCGAUGGGUUGGGGGGCGGAGCUACGCACGGCCCCGCCCCUCUUGUCCCCAGCUACGCUCCGACUGCGCGGCGCGACUCCAAUCACAACGCGGCGGCGGAUGAGCAGACUUUGAGCAAGAACUCCGGGAGGCGGGGUUCCGAUGAAGGGGACGGGAUGGCAGUGGAAGGAGGAGAGGAUGCGGGAGCCGGGCUGGACCCCAAGAUGCCAAAGUCGAUAUCCAGUGGUCGUUUGAUGCGGGACCGCUCCCAGUCCAGCUUCUCUGUGUCCUAUAAGAACAUGAAGAGCCCGUCCCUGCAGUCGCUGGACAACGUCUCCAUAGACAGCUACCAGAUGGAGGACGCAGACACGAACAGUCUGCUGGAGAGAGAUGACGUGUCCAUCUCAGGCUUCAAGGAUGGCAUCGGCGAACAGAGAGGCACAGAGAGCGCUGCCGAGGCUGCAAUUGGUCAGGAGCAGGAGGGGGGGGUGUCCCCCGACACCGUCAGCGCCACCUCGCAGAGCACCGACGAUCCCACCAAAGAUACAGUGUCCGUGCUGGUGUUGAAGGUGCAGUCGGUGUGCGUGGCCAUGGAGGCGUUUGGCGAGAGCACGACCGUGGCGCUGGAGGUGGGCCGGGUCAGACCCAGCCAGCUGGGCAACGUCAGCCUGAGACAGUACCUCAGCAACCGCAGCCUGGGUAUGGUGUGUUCAGUACCAAUACCUGCUCAGAGCAGCCAAGCCGGCGGCGAUUUUGGCGCCGUGCCGGCCGGCGGCCUCCACAGUCCGGAGGUGCGGGCUCGCCUGGAGAGCGGGCCGUGCGCCGCCGCUCACUCCCCGCUGGCCGAGCGCAACGGCUUCCUGCAGCUGCGUCUCCACGGCUACCGGGCCAACUUCUUGAUGUCCACGCUGCGCAACCUGGCCCACUUCCUGGAGGACGACUCGGCGCCGCAGGUGCUGCCCAUGGAGAUCAGCGUCCGGGACACGCACGUCAACUUAAAGGACGACGGCCCGCGCGACAACCCGUCCGACUCGGAGCCCUCGCCCAUCGCGCUGCGCGUGGACAGCCUCGUCAUUCACCGGAGAGACGACGGCGCCUUCUCCAUAGGAGCGGACACAAAGGAAGAGGCCAAAGCCGUGGACGACGGUGCUCUGACUCCGGUCCCUGAGGUCGUGGGCGUCGCCGGCGUGCCGAAGGCUACGCAGACGCAAGCCCCGCCCACCAGCCCUCCUCCAUCCGCCAGAGAAAAGAUGCUGGCGGAGGAAAACGAAUGUUUAAAAGUGGAGCUGUCGCGAACCAAGAUGGCGCUGGCCGAGGCUCAGAUGGAGAAGGACUCGCUGCUGCACCGCAUGAAGAGCCUCAAAGUCAACAGCAGCUAGUCGCUUCGGGCCGCAGUCGCCGAGUCACGAUGCUUAAACGAGCAAAGAAAAGAAUUCCCCCAUAAAGCAAUGCAGAGUGUGAGACUCAGAGAUACACGUUUUACAUACUUGUCCUCUGUUUUAUGUUCCCCAUUUUGGACUGUCGAGGCUCGGAGAGAGUUGAAAAGGGACAUUUAACAGGUGUGUGUGUGUGUGUGUGAGGGUCGUGCCUACAGAAAACCCUUCCCACACUAUUCCUGUCAUGCAAGUGAAACUGAAUGUUGGAUCUUCAGAGGAAUGUUUUUUUUUUUUGUUUUUUUUUCACCGCACAGAAAGAAAAACUUGUAAUUUAGUGCUUUCAUAUUGAGAGGGGACGAGACAAAUCAUUCUCACGCCUCCCCAACGUGUAUAGGAAUGUGAACACGUGACUAUUUUCUUCAGAGCUGUGUGUGUGUGUGUGUGUGUGUGUGUGUGCGUGAACAAGCAUUUCAUUACCAGUAGAGGAUAAAUUUAUAUCCGUCAGUUCCACAACUUUGUCGGCAAAAUGCCCCACAGUGAUGUCUGUACCCCCCGUCUUAUUUUUCUAUGUGUAAAUAGCUACUUAACAUGUGCAGCACUUUUAAAACUGAGGCACUGUAAAUAAAACUGUGAGCAGAACAGUUGAGCUGAAGAGAGAAAUGUAGAAAACGUGUGCUCCCCUUUUUUUUAAAAGAAUAUAUAAAUAAAUGAAAGAAAAGGUGAAUCAAUGCACAUCGAAGCUGCCUAUGUGCGUGUGUGUACGUUUCUAAUCUUCCAUGUGUACUUUUUUCAUGGAUAGUCGACCAUAUUUGCUGCUGCUUCAUGAGGUCCUGGGAAGCCCCCCGAGUAAAUGUUAUAAAUCGACUCCCCAAUGACACCCACAUGCUUUGGCGCUGCACAAGAGACCCUGAGAGGACGUUCUAUCCUGAAACGUAACAGAGCAACAGUAGAUUCAGCCCAGUUAUGCAGCGGUCAUAACUUGUACUUAAGCUCGUCCCAGUUCAUUUCACUUCAUUUCAGAGUUGUGUCCAUGACAUGAAACACAACCGGUUCUCCGCACGGAUGCGGUUUCAACACUUGAAAUGUCAGAAGUAGGAUUUUAACACGAUUGUAUCUGAAGAAUUUUGUUUUUGGGGAGAAGAUUUUCUGAGAAAAGUAAUAAGUUGUAUCUUGUCUGUCGAAGCUGCUGAAAUUCUAAUGAAAAAUAAAAGGCUAUCAAAUUUGUUUCAUUUA